UAAUGACUGCUUGAAGCUUCAAAAAUCCCAGUAUGGGUUAGGGUUUCAAGAUUUCAUACAUAAGUAACAAAAGCAGUUCGACGUACAUAUACAUAUUACACAUGGCGUAAAUAAAAUUAUUUGGGUUUAUUAAUUAUCAUUGUGUGCAAUCUGAUUACAGAAGCAAUGGAAAGUAAAGUAACGAGUAAAACCAGUAGUUUGAAAGCACUGUUACUUAGAGCUUGGCGAGAAAGAUGGAGCGAUCUUCAAUGGGGAAUUAAUAUUAAGACUAUUUUACCUAGAGGAGUAAGUGGCGAUGUACAUAAUUUAGCUGACUGCAUAUUGCAGCAAGCCUUAGUUGGUCCAGGACCUAAUGAAUUAGUACUUUCAUAUCUUAAACAUUCACUUUGUUCUCAACUAGUAUCAUAUGCAGCUGUACUUCAAAGGAUAAGCAAAUAUGAUGCUUUUCACAAGCCACACUGCAUUGUCAGUUUAUUAGAAUUUUUAUCAAUGAUAUAUGUUGGCAUAACUUGUCGUGGUAAACCAGAAGAAGAUCUUUUAGCAGCGGCAAGUCUUUCAAUUGUAUAUUGGUUAUUACAAUGCUAUAAUUAUGCUAUAACCAAAGCACCUCAGGGCAGCCCUUUAACUCCACAACCUUUUGAACUUAUGAAUAAGCCAGCACACUUAUUAAAAGAGCUGUUAGCUUCAGAUUUUAUUUGUGCUAUGUUAUACUCUGCUAAGCAUGACAAUAAAGAUUUAUAUAUAGAUAUUGUAAAAAAAUGUCAAGAAAUAGAAAAGGAACAACAAAAAAGUAAUAUUAAAUGUUUGAUACCAAUAGAAAAUUCUCUUAAAAAACUUUGUAAUUUAGAAAUAGAUAAUAUAGUUUCAAAAUUUGUGAAAGUUGAUGCAGAACCUAUCACUUAUUGUUUACAACCUUUAUUAGCAGUUCAAAAUUUGGUUAACCCUAGCACAGAAACAUCUACUUACAUAAAUCAGUUACAUUUGAUUCAAAGAUUAAAGAACUAUUCUAAUGCAAGACUAUACUGUGAAGUCAUUCGUGCAUGUAUGAUGUGUUUACACGAUGUCACAGGAACUUUCAAAGAAUCACAUUGGGGAGGAUUUACAGUUUUGAAAUUGCCUCAAAUUUUGAAGGAUCUCCAUGCAAGUAUGUUAAAAGGAGAAAACGAGAGUUUUGAAUAUUCUCAAGAUGUGAUUGAUGCUUUUGAGUUGCUACUUAGAUAUACACCACUUUUAGAUAAAAUGGACAUUAUAUGUGCUGGAAAUAGUAUUGAGUUCUUAUUAAAUGAAUUACAUAAAGUAAACUUGGUUACAGAAAAACAAGCUAAGCAUAUAAGUAGUAGAAGAGAUGGUUUACUAACAACUUUACAAAAAUUUGAUUCACUCAAUAUCAGUUCAUCAAUUCGCACUGUAAUAAUACGAGCAGAACCAACUUUAGCAGGAUUUUUAAAAACUCUUAAUGCUGAAUAUACAAAAAUCCAAGAUGCUUUAUUGAGUAUGCUUUGUCAAGUAUUGACUGGAAAUAGUUUUGAAUUAAUGUUAUCAGUGGCAACUGUAGAAGGAAAAAUGAAAAUUUUUGUUUCUAGGUUAAUUAAAUGUAAUGAAUGUAGUAAACAAAUUAAUGAAGUACCUGGAAAAACCACAACUCGUGCUCUAUUAUUUGAAAUUUCAUUUUUAAUGCUAUGUUCUAUAGUUCAAACUUAUGGUCCUGAUGUGGUAUUGGAGGAAGGUGGCGAUUCAUUUUUUGAACAGUGGAUGCGUGAAUGUAUGCCCCUGAAGGAUAAGCCAAAAUCUCCGUAUAAGAUGCUUCAAAACAUUGAUUCAACGAAAGUUGAUUUACUUUUGGCGCAAACAAAUUCAGUCGAUCCAGACCUGAAAUCGAGUAAUACCAAGUGGCAUGUAGCCUGUCAAUCAGCAAUGGGUGUCGCCAAGGAGCUUCUUUAUGCCUGGGAGAGUGGGGCAUUAAGCGCUGCAGAUGUUAAAAGAUCACUAAAUGGGCUCAGGUCCUUCUCUUGCUGCUUACCAGUUUGCGCAGCGGCUUGGCUCUGCACUUAUAUGAGCAUAACUCAUCAAGAUGCACUACUCAAACCUAUGAAUAUGGUACAACAAUUUCUGACUCCAAUAGCCAGUGAUGAGAUGCAGGAUAAUUUUAAAGAAAGAUCGAGUUUAAUGUUUCAAAUAAUUCGUAAAAUGCAGUAUGAAAUUCAUCCACCAACUCAAUCAAAAACAAAAGUGUUAUCUGUAUCUCACAGUAUAAUAUCAAAAUUUCCAAUUCUGGAACAACUGCAACAAAUUUGGCAAGGAAUUUAUCAACGUGGUUGGAUAAAUAUACAAGCCACACAAUCUUUAGAAUCUUUAUUAAAAACUGGAGGUCCCUUAUGGUUUGUUUCAAAUUUAGUUAAAGAGUUGUUAAAAAUUCAGUAUCAAGAAGAGCUUGAUCGUUCUUUAGAUUUAAUUUUUGCAAUUUUACAUCUUGAUAUUGAAAAUUGUACAUUAGAUUUAAUAAAUCAUGUAUUACCACAAUAUUUAUACAAUUCAUUACAAGGGAAAAAGUUAGUUGAACCACAGUCAUCAGCUCUUGCAAAACUUUGUGUGUAUUGCAUCUUUUCAACUUUAGAAUAUAAUAAUAAUAAUAAUCCACAGCAAGUAAAUAAUCGUAAACGUAUACGAAAAGAUAUAGAUACUGAAGACAUGGAUAUUGGAAUGCCGGCAACCAAAAUUUUACGACUAAAUGAAGCUACCAAUUCAAAUCCAAUAUUUAGUUCAAAUCCAGCUCAAAUUCAAGGAAUGAUAAAUGGACAGAAAUGUAUUGUUCUUCGAGAACCUUUGCUUACUACAUUAAAUGGAUUAUUUACAAAUUUUAAUUUUUUGGCUGGCAGAAAUGGUGAAGUUUCUCAGCAUACUCACUUCAUAUUACAAUUUUUACAGUUAACAGUUCAAUGUGGAAAAGAUAGAGCACGUAUUAUUCUUCAAAAAAUGCCUCAAUCAUUGGUACCUAAUUUGCUGAAAGCGUUACCAGAAUUUUUUACAACAGACUUGCUCCUUAGAUUAUAUGAUAUUCAAACUAUAAUGGGUCGCAAAGCUAUUGCCAGAGACUUAUGUUUGUUACGUAACAUACAGUUGAAACCAACGAAAUGAUAUAUAAAAUUUAAUUUUAUUACUUAAAAUGCUAAAUACAAAAAUG